AUGAUUUUGAGAAAUCAGGAAAAGUGGGUGAAUUCUGAGUGGGCCUUUGGCCAUGUUCCUGGAGUUGAAAUUGGUGAUCGAUUCCGGUUCAGGGUAGAACUUGCGAUGGUUGGACUACAUCAUAAAAUUUUUAGGGGUAUCAAUUAUGUGAAUAUUGAUAAUAAAAAGGUUGCAACUAGCAUUGUUGAUUCUGGUCGAUACGAGAAUGAGACCAUAUCUUCUGAAAAGUUCAUUUAUGUAGGUCAAGGAGGGAAUCCUAGAGUAUCUGUUAAUGCGAGAGUGGAAGAUCAGAAGCUUGAAAGGGAUAAUCUUGCCUUGAAGAACUCAAUGGAUUUGGGAUAUUCAGUGAGAGUUAUUUAUGGUCGUCCAAGAGUUGAUAGUGAAAAGACCGAGCGAAAAUACAUUUACUAUGGGUUGUACACUGUGACUAAGUGUUGGCAAGAAAGAGGUCCAACUGGAAAAUACGUUUUCAAGUUUGAACUACAAAGAAAUCCUGGCCAACCAAAACUUACUCAGUUAGUCAAUGUCAAUCAUAUUUGUGAAAUAUUUACAAACUAA